AAGUUCACACAGAGACAGAGAAGGUAACCGAAGGUAACAGAGCUUAUAGCCGGUGGAAGUUGGGUGGAAAGACUGCGUAGUCUGUAAUAGCCUACCGUGUGCAUCGCCAAGUCGCAUUUGUUGUAUAACGAAGUGCAUAUUUCUGCUACUGUGAAUCUCAUGUUGAAGGAAAAAAUAUUUUGUCAUGGUUUUGGGAUUGAACAGCACAUAACUUGACUAAAUAAAUGUGCGUCUUACAAUUUCUGGUACUGGAAAAAUAUAUUGUUACUUAGACAAGGAGAGAAAACACUUUCUCGGGAUUUUUAAGACCGUAGUAUUUUCAUGAAGGACUACAACAGGUUACACGGAAGACGCAGAUAUCAAGAAAUGCCUUACGACUGUGGUACUUCACUGGCUAAGUACCUGCUCUGCCUGUUCAAUUUCGUGUUCUUUGUGGCUGGAGCCGUGGUUCUUGGCGUUGGAAUAUGGAUUGCUUCGGACAAACAUUCAUUUAUUGCAUUUACCCGACUGAUAGAGAACGAGGAACUAAGAACUCAGUUUCAGCAAAUCACACAACCAACUGUCAUAGAGCAAGCUGCCUACAUACUUAUUGCAGCUGGGGCAUUCAUGUUCUUAGUAAGUUUCCUAGGCUACUGUGGAGCAUUACGUGAGUCCAGAUGCUUAUUGACUUGUUAUGGGGUGUUUCUUCUUAUAAUUCUGCUGAUGGAAAUCACUGCUGGAGGUUUAGCUGCAGCCUAUAGAAAUGAGGCUGAGAGAGAGACACAAGCUUUCUUGAAAUCCUCCGUUAACAAAUACUAUGCUGCCAAAGAGAAGGAUGCUGUAACACUCAUGUGGGACUACAUUAUGGCCAGUAUGAAAUGCUGUGGUGUGGAGAACUAUGAAGACUUUAGAGAGUCAAAGAAAUGGACUGAGGGAAAUAAGUCAAUCCCAGAUGCAUGCUGCAUUUUAGAAGGUGAUGUAGCAAAAUUUCAACCCAAAUAUAAAGACUGCCCAUACAAACCAUCAGAUUCCAAUUCCUACUGGAAAAAGGGCUGCUACAAUACAUUUGUAGAACUGGUUAUGGAGAACAUCAACAUAGCAAUUGGAAUAGGUAUUGGAUUAGGCUUGAUCCAAUUGCUGGGCAUCAUUCUAGCAUUCUGCUUGUGCAAGUCCAUAAAUGGAUACAUCAAAUGAAAUGUCUGUGCAGCUGUCAAGAAAAGAAAAACAACCUGUGUUACUGAACAUUUUGUGAUUUUUUAAAGAAAAACAUUUAGGGUUAAUUGUUUUUCUUAUUUUAAAAUUAAGUUGUUAUAUGAAUUAACAUUAAACUGUAUUGUUCAUCAUGGAAUUCAAAGUAGUUCCUUCCCACAAGAAGUAAAAAUAAUUUCUCGAGAUGUACAUAAACUUUGAAGAGAAUUCAAAACAGACUUGACAUAUAAACUUCUCUGAAAACUACCAUACUUCAAUGUGAACAUCUUUCAAAAUUUUAUUUCUUGUCAACUUUGACUGCAAGCGUGGAGCAUGGAACUAAUAUAAUCCAAGACACAUGUAAGAUAUAAAGACUAUAUUGAAGAACAAGAAGUACCUACUGAACAUAAUAUAAGAAGCAGAUCUUAAAGAGUUUAAAGAUCUUUCUAAACGACAGGUAUAUUUUAUUUCUUGGUAUCUAUUUAGCUGUGCCUGAGGACUGAUGCUUAUAUUUUGGUACCACAAGUAGAUAACUUGGAUACUGUAAUGGACAUGCAUUGAAUCACUCCAAUUUAUUGUACCUAAGCAAGCAGUGAGUUCCAUGUUUAUGAAAGAACUUUCUUGUGGUGCUACAGCAACAACCAAACAAAUAUGCACUGUAUACCAUGUUAUUGGUAUCUGUUAAAUGUGUUAUUCACAUAUAAUCUUCAAAAACUGUGGCAAGGUUGGUAGUCAUUUUCAAUAUUACAUAAGAACUGAUCUUUAGUUUUCCAUCCUGUUUUGUGUUAAUACAGCCAGUCAUUUUAAUAACCAUGUACACAGCGAUUAAUUGAUAAAUAUAUUAAUAGUUAUUUAUUGUAAGACCAUAAUAUGUAUAAAUUGUACUGAUCUUGGUCAGGUGGUGUAUAAUUUACAAAUAAAUACUUGUUAAUGACUAUAAAUUAUAUACCACCUGAUGAUGAUAAAUAUUAUCAAAACUUAUCAGUCUUGAAAUAAAUAACUUGAUAUAGUCAUGAAUUAACUACUGUAUAUUCUGUUGAUAAAACAACAGUAUAACAACUGUUUGAAUACACGCUGUAAAGUAUAGAAGGGAAAUCGAAACCCUGUAUGGGGCGAUGAAAAGUCAGAGAUGUUAUGAAAAACUUAAAAUGGACAUCAUAAAGAAAGAUAAGAUGUUCUAGUAAUUUUUGUAUAUAAUUGCACCAUGUACCUUGAUUAACAUGCCAGUAUACUACAAACUAUGCAAACUGUGGAUGAUUCAUAUAGAUGUAACGUCAACUGUUUGCAUUACGUGUGUAGUUUGAUAACAUAUUCAACUAAGCAGUUCAUUAUGCCUGUAACUGAAACUCUAUCAGGUCUUAUUAUAGACCAUAUUGCCAAAAGCGAAAUUCUAACAAAAGGCACUUAUAUGUAAGAUGGUGCAGUAAGAUUUAUUUCAUUCAGUAUAUCAAAUUACAUUCCAUGUUAGAAGCAGUGCACAUUUCUGUUAGCAUGAUGACUAUGAACAUGUACGAGUUCUCAUACGUUAUACUUAAAAAGUGAAUGUGUAGUGUCAAUGUCCUUAGUUCAGAAAUCCUGUCACCCACCACCUUCAACCUGUAUGUACUUUUUCACAACAUAAUUUCAUAUGUUUAAUUUUGGAUCAAUAAAAAACAAAAUGAAGUAGUUCUAAUCGUCUACAACAGGUAAAAUUGUGAUUGUGAAGGCUCCAUAAAUUUUCAACAUAUUAAAAUGAGCUACAUUUCCUGUUGUAAAAAAUGUCAUAUUUAGUCCUACAUGUUUAAUACAUGACACCCUGACAACUGUUGCCAAAUUUUGGUCUUGUAUUGUUCCAUCAAAUAACACAAGGUGUGGUUAUGUCUUGGA